CUCGUUGUCUUUGACCUCUGCGCCCCCUAGCGUCUCUUCUACCCGAACCGGUAGCUUGUGAAAUAAGAGAGCGGACCGACCGAAGUGAGAACCUUGUGUGUUCCUUUUGCUGGGGAUCCACAGUGGACAGGCGAGCUCCUCGGUUUUCUGAUAAUGGCCUGCACUAUAGAGAAGAUCCUCACUGAUGCAAAGACCCUGCUGGAAAGGCUGAAAGACCAUGACAACGCAGCAGAGUCCCUCAUUGACCAGUCUACCAUGCUGCACAAGAGGGUGGUGGCCAUGAAAGAGGCUGGCACAGCUUUCUCACACAAGUACCAAGAAGAUGCAGCUGAGCUGAAGGACAUGUCAAAAUACAAGCCUCACAUUCUGCUAUCUCAGGAGAACACUCAGAUCCGAGACCUGCAACAGGAAAACAGAGAGUUAUGGAUCUCUUUGGAAGAACACCAGGAUGCUUUGGAGCUUAUUAUGAGCAAAUAUAGAAAGCACAUGCUACAGCUUAUGAUGAAAAGAAAAGAAGUGGAUGCUCAAUCAAUUCUGAAAGUCCACCAGUCUCAGUCUGUGGAAAUUGAGAGUCAGAUAGACAAAAUCUGUGAAAUGGGAGAGGUGAUGAGAACAGCCGUUCAUGUAGACAAUGAUCAGUAUUGUAAAAUACAAGAAAAACUAGCACAAUUGGAGCUUGAAAAUAAAGAAUUGCGAAAACUACUAUCAAUCAGCAGAGAGUCUAUUGAGAUUAGACAAGAAGGACUACCUGAUGAAGGAUCUCAGUCCACAGAGCCAGUGCCUUUGAAUAGUUAUCUCUGAAACUGGUAACUGUAUUGCAAAAUGUUUGUAUAUGAAUGUGUGCGUGUGUAUGUGUGUGUCAUGCACACUUAUUUUCCACAUUGUUUGGUGCCCGCCUGUCUCCCUUUGGGUAUCAUUCCAAUCUUUUGCUAUUUUGUAGACUGCUUUCUGUACAGCCGUUGAAGUGGCAUUUUCUCUCAGCUAAGAUUUGCCUUGUUUAAAUAUGCAGAAAAAUAUGUUCACAACGUAUUUGUCAGCAAAUGCUUUCUCUAGACUAUACACGUAUUCAGAAAACUCAAUUGGAUGAAGCAAUUCCAUCAUCUUUGGCUUUUCCAAUAUAAACAAAUACUCCAAGUCAUGGCUUUUUAUCUAAAACACAGUGAAACAGGGAUCUUUACUUGGAGGUCUCUUGAUUUAAUUGGAACCUACUUCCAAGCAAGCAUAUUUACAAUAAAUUUUCAUAUGAGGUGUAAGUUUCAUUUAGUGGGCAAAAUCCUGUUGGUGAAAAGUUAUGCCAGUGCUGGAAAUAAUUAAAUGAAUUGAAAGCUUCCU